UAAUAACCCCGACAAAAAACACAAUCUCAUGAGCAGCGGAUCCAUUUCUCUUCUUCAACGAACAAGCAUUCCACACUCCGUUGGACGCCGUUCACCGUUGUCAUCCCUCCGUGGUUGUUCUCGGUCCGGUGAAAUUGGAGAAGAAUCUGAGUAAAAUGAGCAAGUAUGGCUUGAACCUGAGGCCUGCACAGAAGAAGCAGCCAGUAAGAUCUUCCCUUGCUACUCCUUUUGGCUUUAGCAAUGAGGAUGAGAAUGAUGUUGAGAAAGAAAUUGCUCGACAGGCUAGCAAAAAUAAGGCUCUCAAGGAAGUAACAGAAAAAGAAAGCAUUGAAGAAGAUCCAACCAUAUUUGAUUAUGAUGGAGUUUAUGACAAAAUGAAAGAAAAGAUUGCACGUCCAUUGGUUCAAGACCGUGAAGAAAGAAAGCCAAAAUACAUUCAAAAUCUUAUACAAAAGGCAAAAGAGCGGGAGCAGUAUCUGUAUAUUGUUAUAGAGAAACUUGCUAAAGAGAGAAGCAAAGAUGAUCACCUCUAUGCUGACAAAGACAAAUUUGUUACGGAGGCUUAUAGGAAGAAACUUGCUGAACGGGAGAAACAGAUGGAAUUAGAACGCUUGCGUGAACUACAAGAGGAGAGAGAUGAUGUUACGAGGAAGAAGGACUUUUUGCUGGAUUUUUACUCAAACCUCGAUAAAAAUAUAGCAUAUGGUGCAAAAGAUGCCAAGGGGAGGAAGCGUGAGGAUCAGGUUGAGGCAAGAAGUCCAGAGACAAGCCAGGCAGGGACUGCAGACCCAUUAAAUCAACAUCAAAAUGAUGAUAGGUGUGAAAGAGCUCAACAAUCUGUGAGUAACUCAUCCUUUGGACAAAAGUAUGGUGGCGAGGAGGAAACUUCUAGUCCUUCUAACAGAAGUAAUGACCCCUUGGAUAUGAAGCCAAAUCACGAGGCUUCUCUUGAAGGAGGAGCUUCUGCGGAACAGUCAUCAUCAGCUGCUGAACCAAAGCCUGAUCAUCACAAAAGAACUCAAGAUGCUCUUGCUGCAGCAAAAGAACGCUUCCUGGCACGGAAAAAAGCAAAGGAACAGUGAAGUUCUUUGGGCUUGCACUUUGUUUCUGGCUCCUGCUGUCCUAUUCGUCUGGUGGCUAGUCUGACCCUCAUUUUUACUACAUAUCCAUGUGAUUUUGUGUUGCUACUAAUCAUCUGGGACAAGUAGUCGUGGAAUGAAUAGAAAGUAGUUUCUGUGUCUUGUAUCAAUUUCAAAAUCCUUCGUUAUAUCUAGUAGCCAGUUUUUUCUUCA